AUGUGGUUCAUCAUUCCAGCGAAAAGUUAUGCAUUUAUUGAUAAUCGCGGUUACAUGGACUUGGAAUACCAAAAAGUCUUCAAUCUAAGCUCCUCAUUUCUAGCAAGUAUUGCUGCUCUAAUCUUCGGCAUGAUCACAUUGACUUUAACGAUUCCUAUUGCAAUUUUCCUAAUGAAAUCCAAUUUGAAAGUUUCUCAAAUUCGACUCAUAAUUUUCGAGAUUUUUAUGGCAAUUUUCACUUUUAUUUAUGCAUCUGUUCAGGGUACUUUGUAUUAUUCACUUUACGUCACAAGUGAUAUGAAGUUAAGGGACAGUGUUAUGGAUAUUCGCACAUAUGCAAUUGAUAUUUUUAUUUUGCCACAAGCGUGGACUUUGCUUGCAUUAAGUCCAAUGAUUCGAUCGUAUACUUUCAAAUUUGUUACCAAUCAGAUAUCCAGCUUUGAGAGCAAUGUGGAGCACAGUAAUAUGGCAUUUAUAAAACGCAAAUAG